GGACGCAAAGACACGGACACCUUUUAGCGUGGGGCUCCUGGCUUUAGCGGUAGCAGCAGGUGCUCGAAACCAACGCAACAGAAGCGCUCUCUCACAUUCUUUCUUUGAUCAUGGGCAAAAGCAGAAGUGGACGAUUCAAGGACCAUCACAGUCAAAGAGGGCAAUCCAGCAAAACCCAUCAGGCUGUGAGGGAAGAUGAGUCUCUACCGAGCGACCCAGUUGAUAAGGAGGAGGAGGAGGAGAGUACAGUGCCCAGAAUUCAGCUUGCAAUGUGGGAUUUUGGGCAAUGUGAUGUGAAAAGGUGCACGGGACGGAAACUUUCAAGAUUUGGCUUAUUAAAAGAGCUGCGCGUGAAUAGUGGAUUUGGUGGCAUUGCUUUGAGUCCUGUUGGGAAACAGUGUGUCUCGAAAGAAGACUACAACUUAAUCAAGAAGAAAGGAUUGGCUGUCGUUGACUGUUCGUGGGCACGCUUGAGUGAUGUACCUUUCAUAAAACUGCGGUGUUCUUCUCCACGCCUCUUGCCAUGGCUUGUAGCAGCUAACCCAGUAAAUUAUGGUCGACCGUGUGAGCUAUCAUGUGUUGAGGCACUAUCUGCCGCUCUCAUAAUAUGUGGAGAAGAGGAAACUGCAAAUUUGUUGCUGGGAAAGUUCAAGUGGGGUCAUGCUUUUCUUUCUCUAAAUAGGGAACUUCUCAAAGCAUACUCUCAAUGUGAAAAUGGUGCUGAUAUUAUUUCGGUACAAAAUUCAUGGCUUUCCCAACAGAAUGAAAUUCCAAAGGUCACAGCCAGCAUAGAAGGGACGGCCACGGAAUCCCGCGACAAGGAUGAGGACUCGGGCGAUUCUGAAGAUGGCCUUCCCCCUCUUGAGAGGAAUAUGAAUCAUUUAGGCGUCCAGGACAGUGAAGACGAGAGCGAGUAGCUGUUGUUGACUAUGGUCCAUUCUUGCUUUUGCUGCAACAGUCUCCUGUCUCUUUUUAUCUUUUUGGUUGGCUUCUGAGGUAUAUGAAGAAGUUUUAAUUAGCGGGUUUGGUAGGAUCAGCUUUCAUGUCAUGGUAGGAUGUUUUUGUGCUUGAAUUGGUUGAGUAUUGAGCUUUCUUUAUGGUUCUGUAUUC